CAGGAGGCGGGGCGGCAGCCCUCCCGGGCAGUACCGCGGGGGGCGGCAGCACGGCUGCCUGCUCCUCCAACAGCGCCCUCACAGCGGCCCUCGCCACCGCAGCAGCAGCAGCAGCUGCUGGCGCCGCCGCCGCCUCGCACACUGCCGCGCCCACUACCCCUGGCGGCUCCAGCUCCCUGCCGCACUGCCCCCCCUCCAGCAGCGCCGCUACAGGCGCCACGAGGCCGGGAGGUCCUGCCGGGGAGGGGAGCGGCAGCGGCGGUGUCCCCGCCCCCGUCCCCAGCCUGGCUGUCCUGUCUGAGGGCGGUGCGGAGUUCCUGAGUGCGGAGGAGCUGACCCGGUCCGUCAUACCCACACCCGCACAGCCGCCGCAGGGGGUGGAACUCAAGGUUCCCCCGGAUGACAUCCGCUUCACCGGAGUGCGGCUGCGCUUCCUGAUGGGGCUGCUGGAGGCCAUCGAGCCGCACCCCGAGUUGUGCCGUACGACCGCCGACCUCGUCCACAACUUUGUCGUACCGCUGACGUCAGACCGCAAGUGCCGCCUGCUGGACCUCAUUCCCCCCGAGCAGCGGGGGCAGCCGCACCACUACAUCUGUCACGCC